ACCAUGUCCACGUCCCCCCACUGUCUGCCCCAGCAGCUCUGUGGCACCAGGCGGAAGCGGGUUUGCACCCUGUUCAUCAUCAGCUUGAAGUUCAUGUUUUUCAUCUCCAUCGUGAUCUACUGGCACGUUGUGGAAGAGCCCAGGAACCCGAGACAGCUCUCUAGCCUGCCCUUCGACGUGCCCUGCCCCCGCCUCCAGCCCCCCGCCCUGUCCCCCAGCAGCCCCCCUCCCCGCAACAUCUUCUUCCUGGAGACUUCCGACCGCACUGACCCCACCUUCCUGUUCCUGUGCUCCGUGGAGUCAGCGGCGCGCGCGCACCCCGAGGCCAGCGUGCAGGUCCUGAUGCAGGGGCUACGGGGCAGCGACGCCUCCCUGCCUCGGCGCCAUGGCCUGUCGCUGCUACGCUGCUUCCCCAACGUGUGGCUGCGGCCACUGGACCUGCCCGAGCUGCUCCAGGGCACGCCCCUGGCGGCCUGGCACGCGUCGGCCUGGAGGCGCUGGGAGCCCUACCGGCUGGCGGUGCUGUCCGACGCUGCGCGCCUCGCGCUCCUGUGGAAGUUCGGAGGCGUCUACCUGGACACCGACUUCAUCGUCCUCAAGAGCCUGCAGAACCUGACCAAUGUGCUGGGCAAGCAGUCCCGCGACGAGCUCAACGGCGCCUUCCUGGCCUUUGAACGCCACCACAAGUUCCUGGCGCUGUGCAUGCGCGACUUCGUGGCGCACUACAACGGCUGGGUCUGGGGCCGCCAGGGCCCGGAGCUGCUCACGCGCGUCUUCAAAAAGUGGUGCGCCAUGCGCAGCCUGGGCGACAACAGCAUCUGCCACGACAACAGCACCUGCCGCGGCGUCAGCGCGCUGCCCUGCGAGGCCUUCUACCCCAUCCCCUGGCCGGACUGGCAGAGGUACUUCGAAGAUGUCAGCCCCGCCGAGCUGCCGCGCCUCCUCCAUGCCACCUACGCCGUGCACGUGUGGAACAAGAUGAGCCAGGGCACGCGCCUCGAGGCCACCUCCCGGACCCUGCUGGGCCAGCUCCAGGCGCGCUACUGCCCCACCACCCACGCAGCCAUGAAGAUGGUCUCCUGA